AUGACUAGGUUUGACGCAAGUUGGGUCCCACCACGAAAAUCCGAAAUUUGGGUUACUGUAGUUUUCGUGAGAGAAGUAAUCUCGAUCCACAUCGGACAAGCCGGAGUCCAGAUCGGUAACGCGUGUUGGGAGUUGUACUGUCUGGAGCAUGGAAUUCAACCCGACGGUCAAAUGCCGUCCGACAAGUCGUUGGGCGGUUCCGACGACUCAUUCUCCACCUUUUUCUCGGAAACUGGAAGUGGACGACACGUGCCGAGAGCUAUUAUGGUCGACUUGGAGCCGACGGUUAUUGAUGAGAUCCGCACCGGCACCUACCGUUCGCUCUUCCAUCCGGAACAACUCAUCACCGGAAAAGAGGAUGCGGCGAAUAACUACGCCCGUGGUCACUACACCAUCGGAAAAGAAAUUAUCGAUUUGACUUUGGACCGUAUCCGUCGUCUCGCCGAUAACUGUACCGGACUCCAAGGAUUCUUGGUAUUCCAUUCGUUUGGCGGUGGAACUGGAUCCGGAUUCACUUCUCUUCUUAUGGAGAGACUCUCCGUUGACUAUGGAAAGAAGGCGAAACUCGAAUUUUCGAUUUAUCCGGCGCCUCAAGUCUCCACUGCUGUCGUCGAGCCGUACAACUCGAUUCUGACGACUCAUACCACUUUGGAGCACUCCGAUUGCUCGUUUAUGGUGGAUAAUGAGGCAAUUUACGACAUCUGUCGUCGCAACCUUGACAUCGAACGUCCCUCCUACACCAACUUGAACCGUCUCAUCGGUCAAAUCGUCUCCUCGAUCACCGCGUCUCUUCGUUUCGACGGAGCACUCAACGUCGACUUGACAGAAUUCCAAACAAAUCUGGUACCGUACCCCCGAAUCCAUUUCCCGUUGGCCACAUUCUCUCCGGUCAUUUCUGCCGAGAAGGCGUAUCACGAACAACUUUCCGUCGCUGAAAUCACCAAUAUGUGCUUCGAACCGCAUAAUCAGAUGGUCAAGUGUGAUCCACGACAUGGAAAGUAUAUGGCCGUUUGUCUUUUGUUCCGUGGAGACGUUGUGCCGAAAGAUGUGAAUGCUGCUAUUGCGACGAUCAAGACGAAGAGAAGCAUCCAGUUUGUGGAUUGGUGUCCGACCGGAUUUAAGGUCGGAAUCAACUACCAACCGCCGACAGUUGUGCCAGGUGGUGACUUGGCCAAAGUUCCCCGUGCCGUCUGCAUGCUCUCCAACACCACGGCCAUCGCCGAAGCGUGGGCUCGUCUCGACCACAAAUUCGACCUAAUGUACGCGAAGAGAGCCUUCGUCCACUGGUACGUCGGAGAAGGAAUGGAAGAGGGAGAGUUCAGUGAGGCGAGAGAAGAUUUGGCCGCGUUGGAGAAGGAUUACGAGGAGGUCGGUGUCGACAGUUUGGAGGAUAAUGGAGAGGAGGGCGAUGAGUAUUAA